AUGGACCUCACGCAGCCUGAAGAACACGCGUCCCCCACGCACCCCACCUCCGUCUUUGCAUCACUACACCGCAAACCACACCAGGCUCCGAAUCGAGCUUCCGACCUUCACGACUCUCGCGAAACAGCCGUGAAAUCUGCAAAGCGUUAUCUUCUCCAACGCAUUCGCGAUGACUGGACAUACGAACACCAAUCCGACACUCCCAGCUCCCCUGCCUCAUUACACAUCCACACGGAAGAGCAAUCGUCACAAGUGUCGCCAGCUACACGUGUGACCACCGCGAGCAAGGAGCUUCAGGCUGAUGCCCGCGAGGUGCGGGAAUGGCGGGAACGUGAACAGGAUAGUUCUUGUUCAGAGGCUGGGGUAGGGGUUGGACUAGGGGCUGGCCAACGCGGGGAUCUACCAUCUACAUUUACGACGAGUGACCCGUACCGGUUUGAGUCACCUGAUGCGGUGGAGCUGAGCAUGUUCGAAAGAAAGAGGAAGCGGAGGAGGGUUGUUGAGGAGGAGAUGGCGUGGAAUGAAGGUUUGAGGGUAUGGAUGGAGAGACGGGAUGCAUGGACUGGGGCCAGGAUGCCGUCCACAGCUCCUAAAGGGGUAAAAGAGACCGUUAUGGGGAAUGCGGAAAGCAGUGGUGCGAGCACCGCUCAUGAAGAAAGCGAUGAUGCGGAGAUGGUUUCGCCGGCUUUUACGGGAGAUGGGAAGACUUCAUCAUCUGCCAACAGUCUGCAGAUACCAGAUGCUCCGCGGCCGUCUUCUGAGCGUCCUACGUCCCGUGGUGAACCGCUUGGUGCUGCGAUUCAAGAAGCAUCCUCACUGGUCACCAGCAAUGACAACGCCAGCAAAUUACACCUGGACUCAGAGGAGCCUCUUGUCCCCAUCGUCGAACCCCUCCUUCCACUCACAAACCCCAUUCGCGCGUCCAUAAAACCAUCCAUCUACCCAUCCAUCUACAGCAAAGUUGUCAUCCAGUCCCUCACCCCAGCCAUACCCAUAAACCUUUCAGAUGUGAUCAAAGCCCUAGUCCAAGGUUGGAAAGCUGACGGCGAAUGGCCACCCAAGCCAACCAUCACUCAUGACGUUCCUGUGGUGAAGAAGCAAUCGGCCAAAAUUGCCCCAGCUGAAGGCGCGGGGAUCUCGAGACGCUUAAGCGGCUCUAGUGUUACAGGAGCCAUGAAGAAGGUCCUGGGGCUGUCGGGUAUCCAUCCUGGCCGCCGUUUUCAUAUUCGUGGUGGAAGCCAGGGGGGCUCAACUGCUGGCGAGCCGCCUGCAUCAGGUGUUGCGUUUGGUGCGGCUACGGAAGCGCGCCAGCUUCCGCAGGACAAGUGA